AUGCCUGAGCUCUCGGAGAAGAUUGGGACGUACACCUCGGCCAAGUUCAAAGAGGUGCGCGCCAUCAAUGCUGGACAUUUUGCCGGCGGAGAUUGCAAUGAGGCCAAGAUCGUGGAACUACGCUUGCAGAUGAAGGCCCAGGCCACAGCGCUGGGCCGGCCUGGAUGCAGAGGCCCAGAAGCGCUCUGGGCCAUGAAGGUCCACAAGGGUGAGCUCCUAGCGCCGGGGGCCUUCAGUGUGGCAGCUUGGCUGCUGCUGCUGCCACGAAAGCAGCCCAUGCUUUCCUCGGCGCUUGGAGUUCACAGUCAAGGGGAGACUGGCGACUUUCGCACUGAGCUGAAGCGCCUGUUCGGGGACGCUCCCCAGAUCCUGCGCGGGCCUGACCUCACAAAUUGGCCUACGGCCAACACUGAGCAUUCCGCCGGAGAUGCGCUGAAGCUCGGGGAGCAGGCUGGUGCCCAAACGCUUGAUUUGGAGUGGGUGCACCUCCACCCUACAGGGUUGGUACAGGAAGAUGAUGCAACUGCCAAGCGUAAGGUCCUUGCCGGAGAAUCAUUUCGUCUUGCUGGGGGCUUGCUGCUGAAUGGUAGUGGUGAUCGCUUUUGCAAUGAGCUCGGGCCAGCUGAGCACAUUGUUGCAGAGAUGCAGAAAAACCCUGGACCUUUUCGGCUUUGCUUGAACACAGCAGCUACCCGAGAAUUGCAGUGGCAAUGUCGAUCGCACAUUAGUCGAAGGCUGAUGAAAUGCUAUGCAUCUGGAAGAGAUUUGGCAGAGGAUAUGAAGAUCCCAUUGCGAAAGUUAAUCGAUGUGCACGACGCUCAUGCCGAAGCCUUUCGAAACACGUUGCGCGCAGCAGAGGCUGGCCCUUGGCCAUGUUUGAACGGAAGGCGUUCCUGGGACGAGACAAGCGGAAAGACUGGAUAUGGGAAGUGCGAUUUCAAACAUGUCUUGGUGGGAUCCAGAGUUGCAGACGAGCCAUUUCAUGUGGCGCAAGUGACACCAGUGAUCCUCUACUGCUCAGGGGGUAUAAAGAUCAACGCGCGAGCCGAAGUUCUAAAAAAUGAUGGGACGCCCGUUCCGGGUCUUUAUGCCGCGGGCGAGUCAACUGGUGGAAUCCAUGGCAAGAGAGCUUUGGCAGGCAACUUGCUGCUGGAUUGUUUGGUGUUUGGAAGGCUCGCGGCCAAAUCUGCUUGCAAGUACAUAUUUGGAGAAGAUGAUGAAUUUAGACCUUGCCCUUCACAAGCUUCCGAGAGACAGCAAGAAAAGGGCCACUUCUGA